AUGUCGCCGAAUACUGGUUCAACCAAUAACAACACUACAAUAGUGCCGUCUUCUGUUAGGCAGUCAUAUUCCCAGAUACCAACACCAGGUUAUUACAGUAAUGAUCAAUCCACUCCUAUUGAAGAUGUCAAGAUCAUUGAUAAACAAAGCAUCCAGUAUAUUAUCAAGUCAGGUAUUGCUGGUGGUAUUGCAGGGUCAUGUGCCAAAACUUUGGUGGCUCCGUUAGAUAGAAUCAAGAUUUUAUUUCAAACUUCCAACCCGGAAUUUAUUAAAUAUCGAGGAACUUUCCAUGGAUUUAUUGAUGCUGGAAAACGUAUUAGGAAAACUGAUGGAAUAGUAGGAUUAUAUCAGGGUAAUUCCAUCACAUUAUUGCGUAUUUUCCCAUAUGCAGCAAUCAAGUUUGUUGCCUAUGAACAAAUCCGAACAAUCUUGAUUCCUAAUGAUAAUUAUGAAACAGCAGCAAGAAGAUUUAUGGCGGGUUCAUUGUCUGGCUUGGCAUCUGUAUUUUUCACAUAUCCGUUAGAUUUAAUUAGAGUAAGAUUAGCAUUUGAAACUAGAAAUUUGGCCCAUGUACAGAUACAUCAACAACAUAAGGAGUAUAUGUCACAUCGUCGAGGAAGAAUAUUAUCGACUGUUCGAUUGAUAUUUAAUGAGAAUCCUCCACUAAAGCCAACCGAUCCAUCAUGGUUAAGAAUAUUACGUACAUCCUUCCCAUCACAAAUUCAGCAUAUCGCCAAUUUUUAUCGAGGUUUUGCGCCAACUAUCAUGGGAAUGAUUCCUUAUGCUGGGGUUUCAUUUUAUACCCAUGAUUUAUUGCAUGAUAUUUUCAGAUCCAAAUGGUUAGCUCCUUAUACAGUACAAACACAUUCAUCGUCAAACACAAAUGUUGUCAUAAGAAAGAAAGGGAAAUCAUCGAGAGAAUCACGAGCUCCAUUAAAGGCAUAUGCCCAACUAAUUGCCGGUGGGAUAGCUGGGUUAUGUUCUCAAACUGCAGCAUAUCCAUUUGAAGUUAUCAGAAGAAGAAUGCAAGUUGGUGGUGCUGUGAAUGAAGGUCAGUAUUUAUCAUUCAAAAAUACAGCAAAGUUGAUUUAUCGUGAGAAUGGAUUUAGAGGGUAUUUUGUUGGGUUGAGUAUAGGAUACAUUAAAGUUGUUCCAAUGGUUGCAUGUUCAUUCUUUGUCUACGAAAGAAUGAAAAAAGUUUUAGGUAUAUAG